AUGUCUCCUUUUUCAGGGGAUGUCGGGGCGAUGCAGGCCAGGCGACAAUGCUGGACGUCGCUGAGAUCCUUACCCAGAAGUUUCUCGGACCAGACUGUUGUCAGGUGCUGGCUCAAGGCCACCAUCCUUCCCGAGGAGCACGAGAACGUCCUCAAGAGGAAGGACACGCGGCUCGCUGGAAAGGACAACGGGAAGGGGGAGGAGGUGGGGGACAAAGGGGGGGACACGGGCGAAAGGGGACUCAUCGACGGCCUUUGCGACUUGGUCGCGAAGCUGUCGAUGCCAGACAGCCUCGACGUCACCGACGCCAGAAACAUUCCAGGGGUGUUGAUGGACAAUUUGUUUGUCGAGAAGAACUCGGGCCUCACUGAUGUAGAAGUGCGAAAGGCUAUUAAGACGUGGCUUUCCGUAGAGGAUGAACCCAGCGUGUUGGAAGACGAGGUAGCUCUGGAACUGGGGAUUGUGGACCAGAACAUGGCAAACUUGGAGAUUGAUGCCUCUUCUGACGACGAAGAUGGAGGGGAUAGGCCAGCCUCGUGGAAUACAUCUUCGAUGACAGAGGCUUAGG